AUGGAGGCCCUCAGAUUGCGCAAGAAGUACCCGGAGGUGUCGCAGGAUGAGAUGUUCGACCUCAUCAGCCGCUUCAAUGCGAUCACGACGGACAGCCCAGGACGCGUGGACAAGCAGACGGUGCUCCAGUCUCUGCAAGCGAACGGAGAGUCUUAUGAUCGCGCACGAGAAGUCCUGAAGCACGUUUCCGUCGACUCGAGUGGGAAGGUAGAGCUUGAGGAUUGGGUAGAGCUCAACGUGAAGCUUCGCAGUCAAGCGAAGGAGUCGAUCCUCCCCUCACGAGCCGGAAAGGUUACAAUGCAAGGCUCAAAUGCGAAUGUCAGCCACACCAUCAACGAGGAAGAGAAGUCCGAGUUCGCAAAUCACAUUAAUUCGGUUUUGGAAGGAGAUGCAGACCUCGCAGGAAGGAUUCCCAUUCCUACCAACACCAUGCAGCUCUUCGACGAGUGUCGAGACGGUCUCGUUCUGUGCAAGCUGAUCAAUGACUCGGUCCCUGACACAAUCGAUUCUCGUGUACUGAACAAGCCGACUGCGAGGAAGCCACUGAAUGCCUUCCAAAUGACUGAGAACAACAACAUUGUCAUCACCUCGGCCAAGGCCAUUGGAUGCUCGGUCGUCAACAUCGGUUCCGCGGAUAUUGCGGAGGGACGUGAGCAUCUUAUCCUCGGUCUCAUCUGGCAAGUCAUCCGUCGCGGUUUGUUGGCCCAAGUCGACAUCAAACUUCAUCCCGAGCUGUAUCGCUUGUGCGAGGAAGGCGAGACGAUCGAGGACCUGCUUCGCUUGACGCCUGACCAGAUUCUCCUGCGAUGGUUCAACUACCACUUGAAGGCAGCGGGUUGGAAACGGAGAGUGAACAACUUCAGUCGAGAUGUCUCCGACGGAGAGAACUACACCGUGCUUUUGCAUCAGCUUGUGCCCGACAAAUGUUCCACCGCCCCCCUACAGACUCGGGACAUCCGUCAGCGCGCCGAGCAGGUUCUACAAAACGCAGAUGCCAUCGGUUGCAAGAAGUAUCUUACGCCCGCCUCCCUCGUUUCUGGCAACCCGCGCCUCAAUCUUGCCUUCGUUGCGAACCUGUUCAACAACUACCCCGGCCUCGAGCCCCUGGAUGAACAAGAGGCGAAGGACUACGGCGUGGUCGAGGACUUCGACGCCGAAGGCGAACGCGAGGCGCGCGUGUUCACCCUCUGGCUCAACUCACUCGGUGUCGAGCCGUCCGUAUUCAACCUGUUCGAGAAUCUACGCGACGGUGUCGUCAUCCUCCAGGCGUUCGAUAAGAUCAUGCCCGGGUCCGUCGUCUGGCGACGCGUGUCCAAGCCGAAGGCAGGUGCAGGGCCGGAGCCGGUGUAUGCAGACGGAGAGGAGGCCGAAGAGAUAGGGGUGACGCCGAACAUGUCAAAGCUGUCGCGCUUCAAGCAGGUGGAGAACUGCAACUACGUCGUUGACCUGGGCAAGCAGAGUGGUAUGAGUCUCGUUGGCAUUCAGGGAUCGGACAUCGUCGAUGGCAGCAAGACACUUGUGCUCGGCCUCGUUUGGCAGCUUAUGAGGAAAAACAUCACGCAGACUCUUACUUCACUAUCUGGCAAGGGACGCCCAAUCACCGACACGGAGAUCCUUAAAUGGGCCAACGCCACGGCCGCCAAGGCAAAACCAGGCGUCCGUCCGGCGCGCUCGUUCAAGGACCCGUCUCUCUCCACGGGUAUCUUCUUCCUUGACUUGCUUGAGGCACUCCGUCCUGGUAUCGUCGACCAAUCUAUGGUCAUCAAUGUCAGCGAGUCCGGAGAUUACGAAGAGCGCAGACAGAAUGCCAAACUUGCCAUCUCGAUCGCGCGUAAGAUGAACGCGCUGAUCUUCCUUGUACCCGAGGAUAUCGUCGACGUCCGCCCUCGCCUCCUCAUGACCUUCGUCGGCUCUCUUAUGGCUAUCGAGCACCAGUAA